GGCGCCGGGUGCCCCGCUGCGCGGCCGCAGGUCUUACGCAAGCAAGCAGAGGCGCUCUGCCAGGAUAGCACGCUGUGAGAGUGAAAACGGCGAUGAUCAGACCAGCGACGAACUGCUCCAGCAGACUAGUCCUGCCACUCACGUGACUUAGGCGCCAUCACGCCUGGAGCCACGCGGCCCGGCCGAGGCGGGGGCACCGCGGCCGGUAGAGGGGUGGGCGUCGCCGGCGGACCAGCAGCACCGAACAGCGGCUCAGACCGCACGGGACCGGAGCACGUCAGCGGACCAGCAGUACCGAACAGCGGCUCAGACUACACGCGAAUUCGCCCUGCCCCGAGCUUGAGAGGAUACAGGUCACCGGCUCGGGGACUGGAGCAGACGCAGUCACGAGACGACAUUAAAUCCUGAAGUGACCUCCCUUCGUCGGCGCGAUGGCGCACGACUAUCAGGCUCAUUAAAAUGUAUGCCUGGGAGGAGAGCUUUAAAAAGAAGAUCGAGGAGAUAAGAAAGGAGGAGAUGAGUGUCAUCAAGGGGGCUACGUUCCUGCAGUCCAUCUCUAACUUCUUGACGCCGAUCAUUCCUAUCCUGGCCACCGCCGUGUCCGUCAUCGGCUACAUCGCCAGUGGAAACGAGCUGCGAGCUGCCGAGGCGUUCACCAUGUUUUCCGUCUUCAACGCCUUGCAGAUGGCAGUUGGCACGCUGCCAUACGGAAUCAAAAUGAUCACUGAGACACAUGUGGGGCUGAGACGAAUCCAGCGCCUGCUCUUGAUGAAGGACAUCGAGGUGAACCUGACUCACUGCGACUCGGGCAGCGCCAUUGAAAUCGUCAACGCCACAUUCGCUUGGGAGAGACCCGUCAGCAGGAAGGGCAAGAGCGAAAAGAAGCGCGAGGAGCGGUCUCGCUCCGCCAAGUCGCUGCCGCGGCUGAUCUCGUCGCCGCGGCUGCCGACCGCGCCUCAGGCGCCGCUGCUGAGCCGGCUGCGCGCCUUUAGCGAGCGGCGCCGCCGGCCAGCCAGCGCCGAGCUCAGCCUGGAUGCCGACGCGGCCACGCAGACGGACGUGGUGCUGACCGGCGUCAACCUGAGCGUGCCGGCCGGCCGCCUGCUGGGGGUGGCCGGCUCGGUCGGCAGCGGCAAAACUUCACUGCUGGUCGCCAUGACUGGCCAGCUCCGGGUACUGUGCGGCGACGUGCGACGGGCCGGCACCAUGGCCGUGGUGCCGCAACGCGCCUGGAUCUUCAGCGGCACACUGCGCGACAACAUUCUGUUUGGCCGGCCGAUGCUGCCCGAUCUGUACCAGCGCACGCUGACCGUCUGCGCGCUGAGGCCAGACCUGGCACUCAUGGAGCACGGCGACCUGUCCGAGAUCGGAGAUCGCGGCGUCAACCUCAGUGGCGGUCAGAAGCAGCGAGUGAACCUGGCGCGCGCCGUGUACGCCGACGCCGACAUCUACCUGAUGGACGACCCGCUCAGUGCCGUCGACAGCUCCGUCGGGCAGCACAUCUUCCACCAGUGCGUUCGCGGAGCGCUCCGCAACAAGACCGUCGUGCUCGUGUCACAUGGGGUGCAGUACCUGUCGCGGUGUGACGAGGUGCUGUUCAUGAAGGACGGCCGGCUAGCGGAGCGGGGCUCGCACCAGCAGCUGAUGGAGCUGGAGGGCGACUACUGCCAGCUGGUCAGCUGCGACGCCGCCAGUCAGCAGCAGCAGAAGCCGGCCGAACAGGCCCAGGACCCGGCAGGCGCCGACGAAACGGGAACACCUGGCGGGAAGUUCACAUCAGACGAAGCGUACGGUUCUACCAUGGGUAUAUUUAAGAACUUCGCCGUAUAUUAUCAGUACUGCGGCGUGUGGGGCGUGCUGCUGAUGACGUUUUGGAUGGUGCUGUUCGCCUGUUGCCGCACCGGCAGCGGCCUCUAUCUGCAGUACUGGAUCGACGCCGGCGAUGGACGCAAGGAGGAACGUCUGCGUAACGUGACGCUGUACAACGUGACGUUCACCAAGGACGAGCUGACAGGAGCGAUCAACGACAGCGCCAACGUGGACCUCUACACGGUCGGAUACGCCGGCACCGUCCUGGCCCUCUUCGUGUUUGGAUUUCUGAAAGGCGGGAACUACACCCUCUGCGUGAUGCGCGGUGCGAGACGGGUGCAUGAACAGAUGGUCUCCAGCCUGGUCCGCUGCAAGAUGAGCUUCUUCGACAGCACGCCUAUCGGCCGCAUCCUGAACCGGCUCUCCAGGGACAUUGACUGCGUGGAUACCCGUAUUCCGGACUUGUACGAGUUCUUGACCCAGCGGGGUAUCGAUCGUGCUGGUGCAGCUGAUGGUGCCUAUGCUGGCCUAUCCGUACUACGCUCUGGUCGUCGCCGGUACCUUCGGUAAGGUACCAGUUGAGCCUGUAUUCCCCAUGCACUCUCACCAGAGAUCUAUCUGAUCUCUCGUGAGACUAUGCGAGCAUCGGCUUUCAGGACACGAUUCCUCGAUGAGUAGUGUAGUAGUAGUAGUAGUAGUAGUAGU